ACUGCUAAUUACCAUGCCAUCCGUGACAUGGAUGGGAAAAGCAUAAUUCGUGCCAGAGAUCCCAAUUCGGAUCUGUUCCACAUAAACACAACACCAAGACGCAAGGAGACUUACGUGUGAUCCACUCUCUUUCCAUUGCUUCCAUACUACAUCAAUAAAAACAAGCAUGCCCAAUACUAGUACUACUACAUGCAACCCCCAAGACGGCAACUAUCGCUAUGUGGCGGAACGGCGUCAAUACGGUGGUCUAUUGCUGAUGACGGGCUUUUGUGCCGUCAUUCAACCACUGGCACGCAUUACCACUGCGGUUGGACCCAAUGGUCCUCUCGUCACCGAUGUGGGAGAUGUCGCCUUUUGGCAAUUUGUCGGUGCCUGUUGUGUGCUAGCGAUUGGACUGUGCAGUAUGCUCGUGGGAUUCAUCGAGUUGCUCAUGGACCGGAGUGGUGAAGUCACACAGCAUACACUGUUGAUUGGUUUGACACAGACGGCAUGGAUAUUGUAUAUAGCGGAUAUGACGGCGGUGGGAUUGACCAUGGUGCAAGAUCCACCACAAUUCUUUCUGCCCUUUCCCAAUGAUACCACCGAAACUAGUUUGGCCAAUCAGCAGAAACUCAAUGAAUCCACUGAAGUCAUCUUUAUUGGGUCUUGUGGAAUCGCCGGCAUUUUUAGCUACGGAUUUGCCUUUAUCGGAUCCAUUGCGUUCAUGCAGUUUGCACUCUACACGUUCCGCCAGGGGCGACCCCACCAUCGGGAUGCCGAUUACUUUCGCGGACGCUUAGGGGUAUACAGCAGUCUGCUCUUUAUUGCCGGAUUGUGUCAAAUUCUACUGGGCAGUUUUGCCACGGAACUCAAUUUACAAAAUGGACGCAUCCAAGGAGGAUUGAUCCGGGUCGCCAUGUUUGUCGUACACUUUCCCUACAUUACCAUUGUCGUGGGCGUGCUCCAGUUUCUCAAUGGAUUUUGGGGAUUUUGUCGGGCAUUCUACAUUGGUGUGGGAGGGCGAGAUGAUAACUGGUUUCAAUACAGCAUGGCGUUUUUAUGGAUUGUUGUCAUUACAUUUCAGGAUGUCGUGCAAAUAUCCUAUCUGCCCGAAGGAAUGCUGGCACCCACGGCGCCCACAUUGGCGGCCAUGUCCUUUGGCAUUAUUUUCAUGCCCGCCUAUUUGGACUACAAAAUGAGAAAUACACCCGUACGAAUGGACGACAAUUAUUACUUUGGACAAGUCGUGCCAUCGCCCAAGGACGACGAAAAACCCAUGUUGGUGCGGGCCAUUCCGAAUACAUUUGGAGGUGGAUCAGGACCCAUGCGAAAGGUAUAUGUCAUGGAAAAGCCAGGGUACUAUCAGGAUGAUUUGGAGGAUGACUAUUUCUACAAUGCCGAUGAUGAUGAUCAUGUCGUUGAUGUCGUCGAACCCGGCUACAUCCCCAAUAGUCCAGCAGCCCAUGAAGAAGUGACUCCAGCAGCCCCAGAAGAGGCACCUCCAAUAGAAGAAAAGACUGCUGACGAGCCAAUUAACAAUGCCAUGGAUGAUGAAGAGGCGCCCACAAACAAUCCCAACUACUAG